GUGGGCUAAGAGCAGCACCGACUGUUUAUGAUGGACAAUUUAUUUCCCAGUGCAAAGUCAACAUAACACAGCAAACGUACAACAAUUAUUAACAUUUUUCUGGGGCCCUCAUGAGGCUGAAGAGUCAGUCAGUGGAGGAGUGGAGCUGCGGGAGCAGGCUCAACUUUCCCCGGGACACACUGCGGCUUUCCCGCCGUCAUGACUCUCUACCACGGCCGUCUGCCGUCACUCGGAGUGACAUCUUCGGCUUUGAGCCUCUCCGCCCCCCCGCUGAUCUACCUGUACGGAGGCGACAGCGGCGGGGUCGUGCCCACCGCCCUGAGCUUCGUGCCGGCCCGCCAGGAGCCCCCGCAGAAGCCGCCCUACAGCUACAUCGCGCUCAUCGCCAUGGCCAUCAAGAGCGCACCGGAGCAGCGCGCCACGCUCAGCGGCAUCUACCAGUUCAUCAUGGACCGAUUCCCCUUCUAUCACGACAACAAACAGGGCUGGCAGAACUCGAUCCGUCACAACUUGUCCCUGAACGACUGCUUCAUCAAGGUGCCCCGGGAGAAGGGCCGGCCGGGCAAAGGCAGCUACUGGACGUUGGACACCAAGUGUCUGGAUAUGUUUGAAAACGGCAACUACCGCCGGAGGAAGAGGAAGGCGAAGUGUCAGCAGGAGGCUCUGGACUCCAAGGCCACCGGGCACAAGCGCACCAAGGCCCCCGGGCAACCUAGGGACCCUCAGACCUCCCCGAAACAUCAAGCUGGCUCGAGGGUAACAGAAGCACCCGCGAGGGAUGAGGAGGAGGCGAGGACGCCCGCAGACAGGAAACAUAUUCUUGGCGAGUUGAAUCACGCGGAACAGCCGCAGAGCCCCUCCACGCAGAGACUUAAAGUGCCCCCCAACCAACACAGCAGUCAGGCCGCCGGCAGGGAGCUUCACGCCCCACAGCUCGAGCCGUGCUCCGCGCCGAAACGCGCUGCGCUGUGGACGGACGACGCUCAUCUCCCAGACGAGACCCUUGACCCGAAAUCAGAGGAGAGGAAGUCUGCGUUCAGCCAAAGAGAAAGAGGUCCUCUCUGCACCGUCAGCUGCGCAGGAAACACAAACUUGGCCGCACCUGCGCCAGACAGACCGAAGGGGAACACACUGAGCAGGGACAAAUCCAAAGGUUUCAGCAUAGACAGCAUUUUAGCGAAGAGCGAGGACGAAAUACGAGGCAGCAUCCUCGGCCUGCCGGCCGAGACAUGCGCACAGGGCCAAAAUCCGGCUUUCAGCGCGUCCGUGGUCCUCGGCGCGCGUCAGCAUCAGUUGUACCAGAUGGGAUUCCCUUUCUGCUCUUACCUGUCGCUGUCCUACCCUGACAAAGUGCUGCAUUUUAAAUGACCGGCAGACUUUCGUGCGUUUUACGCACCAAACGCGUAAAAGUGUAAAGUCUGUGUUUAGCUUUACACGCAGAGACACGAAACAGGAUCUCUGCCAUCAUCUACUUUAAAGUUCGGACAAAAAUGAACAAAGAGCGUCAAGAAGACUUUUAUCUCCAUCUUUACGCAUGCGUCAUUUUCAGGUUUGUGAUUAUAUUCAGUUUUUUCCUCCCAAAUCUGUUGCUCCUCAGAAAUUAUGGCUGCACAAAACAUAAUGCUCAGUACAAUAAAAGGAUGUCGUCCCUGCCAUGUAAAUAUUUACGGAUAUGCUACACUUUACUCAUGAUGGUGAAACCCCAUAAAGCAAGAACAGUGCGUAAUUUAAUUUUAAUUGUCGUGACUGGGCCUGAAGAUGCCGUACAAUAUGAAGUUUAGUACUCAGUAAUGAUGUAACCAAAACCUAUUAUUAUUUUCCACUCUGCUCUGGAUUUGAACAUUUAUUUUACUGCAAAAUAAAAUUUAGCCAAAAAUGUUGACGUGAUUUAUUUUAAAUUGUGGUACGAAAGAAUAAAUAGAAACACUGCUGGAAAGCUGCACCUUUGUUUCCCCCCCCCCCGUUUUGCUUUAAGAAAAAUGAGACGACGUGUUUGGUUUUGUUCAUUUUCAUUAAAGUUUAUGAGUUUAAAAAAUGAAAUAAAACCCAUAUCAGGGCUUUCACCAACGAAACAUCAGCAGCAACAGAACUGAAAAACUGGACACUGCCUUGUAGUUUAAGGACAGACAGACAUUCCAUUAUUAAAAGUUGAUGCUUAUCUGAAAAAUUAUAACAAAGUUUCAUUGAAAUCAAAAACAUGUACCGUUUGAGAACAGAGAGAUACAUUGUGCAUUUACAGAAUUCAUAAAAAAUCAAUUAAUAAAAAAACUUGAAAAUGUUCUGGGGAAAUCAGAGAAUGUAACUUCAUAUUUGUGAACACAGCAAAGUAUUUAAAUCAUGUUUUUCCAAGUUGAGCGGCAGUAAGAAUGUGCGGUGAUGGCGCUUUAUUUCAGUGGAAUGAGAGAGCAGAGGCAGCCGGGCAGUCUUUGGAGGGCAGCUUUAUAAAUAAACAUCAUGCUGUGCUGCUCCCUGGUAUUUGUUGAGGAGGACCGGCCCACCUUUGCAUUUCAUACGGUGAGAAAAGAUUAUCGACCGCAAUGAAAUGCAGUGCGAUGUGAUAAAAGGAAUCAAAAGGCUUCCAGGUGGAGGAGGAAGCAUUCAUAUGAACAGUGCCGAGCACAGAAAACAAUUGUAGAUCAUGAUUAUGAUCAGUAAGAGACACAUCCAUAUAGUUUCUUCCACAUCCAGCAUUCAUCCAGAAUCUGAAGCAUUUAGAUGAUUUUAUGUUUGGAACCAGCGGUUUCAGCUUUUGCCCACAAAGCGUUUGAUUAUAGAGCAGUCCAGGCUGGAUGGUGACCUUGUGAAGGUGAAGCUUAAAGUAAUUUACCAGUAUUUAUACAUACUGUACGUGUGGAUAUAUUUGGCACAGCCACACAGAUCUGUGUGUGAAGGUGUUCUCAUAAAUACCUGCUUAAAUCAGUGCAAUCAGUCAUAUGGUACCCCCUGUGCAAGGUGGCAACACCGGGUCCCCCAGGCGCCCCCAAAAGUCCACAGUUUACUUAUCAUUUCAGCCUAAUGAUGAUGAUAUAUUAGCACAGUUUAGGUUAAAUACAUAGACCUUAAGUGCUUUAUUUUCUGCUGAGCUUAUUUGUUUAAGUUUGUGUUUCAAAGUGUGUUUUAAUCAACACCCAGAAAACCAGGAACCAUCCGUCAGUGAAAAUGGGGGAAAAUCUUUGUUUUACUGAAGUUCACAUAAUCCAGAGUUUCAGCUGCAGCUGUCAAAUUCACCAAAUCUAGGACUACAAAAAGAAACGGCAUGUUUUUAUUGUUUGCAGCGCUGACCAUGACCUAAACUCAACGUCCAUUUAUCAGCUUUCCUUGGGCCUUUAACCAUGUCUGAGGUCACCUGCAAACAACAUUUAGAAACACGUUUUUUGGUUCAACUGUUUCCACAUCAAGAAUGAGUUUGUAAAAAUCACAGUAAAUAAUAAUAAAAAAAUCGAAAUCUCAAAGGAACCAAACAACAAAAACAGUAAUAAUCCUAUCUAAUAAUUUUCUCAUGUUUAAACUUUUUGUAUUUUUUAAUUCUGGUACCUUUUUCUCAUUUAUAUUAUUACAUUAGGAGUUAAAGCUAAAACUUCAAACAGCACGAAAGGCAAAUGAAUAAAACAAAUUCUCAUCAUAAAGCUGAAAUAUUAAUACUAAAUCAUAAAAGUGUAAAAUACUUAUGACUCCUCUCCAAACCAGCAGCUGUGAUUCCAUGCAGGUAAACGCAACGACACGCUGAAGCAUUCACAUAACUAACAGCUCAACACACUCCAGAUAUUUUAUUCAUGCUCAUGUGUUCAUAUAGAAUUAUGUAACACACAGCCUCAUCUUUAUUUAAUUCUAUAUUUAUACAAAACAAUUAUCAUCAUUUGUUGCAAUCUAUCUUAUGUCUGUUUGCUCCAUUAAUACACAAGCUGGAGCAGUCUGCAUCAGGCUGUAAAUUCCCUCCUUGCAUCCAGACAGAUCCGGGCUGGAGUGUGACUGUUUCCUCGGGAAUAUCAAAAUGAUUUCUUCCACUUUCUCUUCUUUCAAUUCAAGAAAUUUUGAGCGCUCUCUCAAUGGAGGAAUUCUUCCAAAAAUAAUUAAAUCUGGAUCUGGAUCAACAACAAAAGUUAAUCACUUCUACAUUUCUCCAAAAGCAGCUUCAGAUGUUCAAAUGCAUCAAGAACUUUUUGAGUAAACUUAUAGAAGAAGAAUCAGCCCUAUUAUCUCCACCCCUCUGUGGAGAUAAUAAGGACAUCAGUCCUUUGCAAUCCUGCAAUUUGUAACAUAAUAACUUUGAUCUGUAUUUUUUUUUAAUGACAGAAAAUGAAGGGUGU